AUGGCUUCACGCAUCCUGGCCAAGGCGGUCGGCAUCGACGUCGACUACAGACAAGAACCGGACAGGCAUGAGUAUGCGGCACUGCUUCCCGACGAUGUCGAGCCGUAUUUCGAGGAGGAGCCCACGGUGAAGGAGUUUCUGCUGCGGUUCAAGCCCACACAGGCCGGCGUCGCCCGCUACAUCAAAACCCUCUUCCCGUUUUGGAAUUGGAUCUUCCACUACAACUUGCAAUGGUUGACUGGCGAUGUCAUUGCUGGCGUCACUGUCGGCUUCGUCGUUGUCCCGCAGGGCAUGGCAUAUGCGCUGCUCGCCAAAUUGAGCCCUGAGUACGGACUGUACACGUCCUUUGUCGGAUUCCUGUUGUACUGGGCGUUUGCCACCUCAAAGGACAUUACCAUCGGUACGGUGGCCGUCAUGUCGACCAUUGUCGGCAACAUCGUCAUCAAAGUGCAGGACAAGCAUCCGGACAUCCCCGCGGAGCAGGUGGCCAGGGGGCUGGCGCUCAUUUCAGGGGCGAUCCUCCUCUUUAUCGGACUCAUCCGCGCGGGCUGGAUCGUUGAGUUCAUCCCGCUUGUUGCCAUUGCGUCCUUCAUGACGGGGGCUGCCUUCAGCAUUGCGGUUGGCCAGGUUCCGGCCAUGAUGGGCAUUUCGGGCAUCAACACGCGCGAGGCCACUUACAAGGUCUUGAUCAACACGCUCAAGAAUCUCGGAUCCGCGAAGGUGGACGCGGCGCUUGGGCUCAGUGCUCUGUUCGCGCUGUACUUUAUCCGCUGGGUUUGCAACACCAUGUCGGAGAGGCAGCCGCACCGGAAGAAGAUGUGGUUCUUCCUGUCGACGCUGAGGAUGGCCUUCAUCAUACUGCUGUACACCAUGGUCAGCUGGCUCUCGAACAGGGGCAUCUCCAACGCCAAAGAAGCCAAGUUCAAGAUCCUGGGCACUGUGCCAAGAGGAUUCCAACACGCCGGAGUGCCGCAUAUUGACAGCCGCCUCAUCGGGGCCUUCUCGAGCGAGCUGCCGGCGGCCAUCAUCGUGCUGCUGAUCGAACACAUUGCCAUUUCCAAGUCGUUCGGGCGCAUCAACAACUACACCAUCGACCCGUCGCAGGAGCUCGUCGCCCUCGGCUUCACCAACGUCUUCGGCCCCUUCCUGGGCGGCUAUCCCGCCACCGGCUCCUUCUCGCGCACCGCAAUCAAGUCCAAGGCCGGGGUGCGCACGCCGCUCGCGGGCAUCUUCACCGCCGUGCUCGUGCUGCUGGCCCUUUACGCGCUGACGACCGUCUUCUUCUACAUUCCCAUGGCCACCCUGGCCGGCCUGAUCAUCCACGCCGUGGGCGACCUCAUCACCGCCCCCGACGUCGUCUACCGCUUCUACCAGAUCUCGCCGCUCGACGUCGUCAUCUUCUUCGCCGGCGUGCUCGUCACCGUCUUCACCAACAUCGAAAACGGCAUCUACACCGCCAUGGCCGCCUCGGCCGCCGUCCUGCUCUUCCGCCACGCCCGCGCCAAGGGCCUCGUCCUGGGCCACAUCAAGGUCCACUACCUCGGGGAGGAGCAGCAGCAGCAGCAGCACCAACAACAAAACCCACCACCACCACCGCACCACUCCCCCGCCACCGAGCCCGUCGAAGGCAUCGACCGCCUAGCGCAGCACUCGCACCCCAGCACUCCCACCUCCUCCACCUCCACCUCUUCCACGUCCACCACCACCAUCACCACCACAACCCCCACCCCCACAUCCGCCUACCUCCCCCUCAACCCCUCCUCCUCUCUAUCCACCUCCCCCCACAACCCCGCCCUCGCCCCCCUCGUCGCCGCCCCGCCCCACCCGGGCGUCCUCGUCUACCGGCUCACCGACACCCUCACCUACGCCAACCAGGCCUCGUUCCUCGACGCCCUCGCCGCCGCCGUCUUCGCCCACACCCGUCCCGGCGCCGACCCGGCCGACCACUACGCCCGCCCGGGCGACCGCCCGUGGAACGAUCCCGGGCCGCGGCCGCGGCUGCGGCUGCCCCUGCGCGCGUGGGGGAAGAAGAGCAAGAACAACAACGAUGCAGUGCAGAACGAGGAUGGCGAUGGUGAGGAGAACAACGACGUCGGUGCUGUUGCUGUCACUGCCGACAAGCGCCCGCUGCUGCGCGCCGUGGUGCUCGACUUCUCCAGCGUCGCCGACGUCGACGUCACGGCCGUGCAGGGCCUGGUCGACGUGCGGGGCCAGGUGGAUCGGUAUGCCGGCCGACCCGCCGGCGGCGGCCGCGAACUGCCAGCUGCUGGCGGGGUCGAGUGGCACUUUGCCGGCGUGGGGCGGAGGUGGACGAGGAGGGCGCUGGCCGCGGCCGGGUUCGGGUACCGCAGUGCUGCUGCUGCUGCUGCUGGUGCUGUUGGGAGCGACGGGCUGUUUGCCGUCGCUGAGGUGGGGGGGAGGAGUCUGGGCGUGGUGAGGGACGAGAAGAUGCUGGUGGGCGGCGGCGUCGCGGCUGGGGGGGAUGUGGAGAGCGGUGUUGUGGCGUCGGAGCCGGCGCCGGAGAAGAAGAGGUUUGCGCCUGUGUAUGGGGUCAAUAGGCCGUUUUUCCAUCUGGAUCUGCCGGCAGCGGUGAAUGCCGCGGUGAGGAAUGCGAGGAGGAGGGAGGAAGAGGAGGAGCACGAGGCGGUUGGGACGGUGCAUGUCGAGGCUGGGGGGAAGGGGGAGUAG